GCCUAGUAGCCUCGUCGUGAACGAUCGCCAGUGUAGUAUCGCCAGUGAGGCGAUACGGUGUGCGGCCUCGUGCACGAAAAGCGACGAUUUUCCACCGGGAUCCUCGUUCUAAACGACACAUAUGGAAGAUUAAGAGAAGAAUGAUAUAGCCAUGAACCGAUCAGGAGGCGAUCGUGACGAAAGGCCGAUGGCUCAGAUGAUCCGUACACAUUGCACAGAACGGUGACAGAGCUGUAAAUUACAGCGAUGGAUAUACAGAAGAAGCACUUGUGCCCCCGCUUGGUGGAUUAUCUCGCCAUUGUGGGGGCCAGACUGCCCUCAGUCUCUCGCCAGCCUGUGCAGGUUCCAGAGUUGCUGCGACGAUAUCCAGUGGAAGAUCACAAAGAUUUUCCAUUGCCGCUGGACAUGGUUUAUUUCUGUCAACCCGAGGGUUGCACCAGCGUGGGCCCAAAACGCACAGCCUUACGAGAAGCCACAUCCUUCACUUUCACCCUUACGGACAAAGACUCCGGGAGAACUCGCUAUGGUAUCUGCGUGAAUUUUUAUCGACCAAUAGAAAGGGCGGGAGCUGCGGUCGGGAGUGGAGUGUCGAUGAAAAGGGACAAGUACAAUACGACGUUUCGAAGGGAGAGUUGGAGGAAAAGCAUGGAAAAGAGCACGGAUUCUGCCUUUUCUAGCGACUAUAGGAGCAGUGCAGUGGGCCCUAGCGACUCGGAAAAAGAUUGCCCGAGCAGCAGAAGGGACUCUGACACUUCGCAUAUACCGAGUGCACCGAGAUUAGGUAUCACUGCACCGAGUGGAGAUAGUGAAAGUGGAGGAAGUCAUUCACCGUCUCCACGAGCUUCACGCAGACGACAGAGGAUACGAAAUCAUUCGCUGACGUCGUUAUGUAUCAUUUCCCAUCAUCCAUUCUUUUCGAUGUUCCGGGAAUGCCUUUUCAUUUUGAAGAAGAUCAUCGAUGCGUGUAACGAGAGUUCCUCGCCGCAGAAAGUCGGUGCUUCCCGGCAGACCAACAGAGACACCGUGUGGAGCGUUUUAACGGGACAAACACUGGAAGGAACACCAUCGAUAGUGCUACACGAUGUCCGAGAGAUCGAGACGUGGAUAUUGCGAUUGUUAAGCAGCCCUGUACCUGUUCCGGAAAAGACACGCGUCGAGGUCGAGAUCGUGUCGCAAAGUAUGCAGCCACCACUCUGUUUUGCACUCCCAGACCACACUAGAUUUUCUCUCGUUGAUUUCCCUCUGCAUCUACCCCUGGAACUUCUUGGCGUUGACAUAUGCUUGAAGGUCCUCACGUUGAUUCUCUUGGAGCACAAGAUCGUGUUGCAAUCCCGCGACUACAAUGCCCUGUCGAUGUCCGUAAUGGCGUUCGUAACGAUGAUUUAUCCUCUGGAGUAUAUGUUCCCCGCGAUACCAUUGUUACCCACGUGCAUGAGCUGCGCGGAACAGUUGUUGCUUGCACCUACACCAUUUGUUAUCGGAAUACCCGCUACUUUUUUAUUGUUCAAAACGAACUUUAAAAUGCCCGAUGACAUUUGGCUAGUGGAUCUAGACAGCAAUAAAAUAAACGCACCUACUGGUCUGGGUGAUCAAUUGCCCCCAUUACCCGAACCAGAAGGCACCGUACUAAAGAACCACUUGAAACAGGCAAUGCAACUGAUGGACCAAACCGGCUCUGGUGCAAUGGCUAGUAUGUCAGUUCCGCAAACACUUUCGCAAGACACUUCUCCGAGGACUUCUCUGCAAGCUCCAAGUAGAAGGGAGAGCCUAACUUCUCAUUUGUCCACUUUAAGUGUGUCGUCAAUGAAGCACAGACCUAGCGUCGACCAUCAUCCGAGUCCGGCGAGUUCUCCAGGAGCCAGCGCGGCUUCCGGUCAUCGUCGCUCCUCCAUAUCUCAGUCAGCGGGUUCUUCGUCACCUCAAAAACCAUUCUCUUCCCAAACCAUGCAAUCUUUCAACCCAUUCAUUUAUGGAAACGACGUGGACUCUGUAGACGUGGCUACGAGAGUGGCCAUGGUGCGUUUCUUCAACUCUCAGAACCUUCUGGCGAACUUCACCGAGCAUACGAGGACACUCAGGCUAUAUCCGAGGCCUGUAGUCGCUUUUCAGAUCAAUUCUUUUCUCCGAUCAAGGCCACGGACCAGUCAUUUCUUGAAUAAGUUCGCUAGAACUCAGGCGGUGGAAUUUUUGGCUGAAUGGUCGCUCACUCCGAGCAACGUGGCGUUCUUGAGAGUGCAAACAGGGGUGUUUGACCCAGCUCAAAUCGGAGACAAGCCAAAGUGGUACGCCUCGAAUUUAGAACCUAUUUAUUUCCCUGUUUGGGACAACGGUAGCUCGUUAGCGAACGCUUUGAAGGCAAUGAAGGAACACGAGAGUCAACCGACUGACGAAAGCGGGUCUGACUCGGAAGGUGCUGAGAGUACGAGUUCCUCUUAUUCGUCGCUGAGCGAUUUUGUAUCCGAGAUGGUGUCGUCCGACUUGUCUCCAAGCUACAAUUGUUCACACGCGGCGCAGCCUCAACCAAUGUCCCUGUCUGUGGACCCAAAGAACGUUUACGAUCCACCCAGUUCAUUGCGAUAUCCUGGAGUGGACGAAGAAUCGACAGUGAGGCCAGAAAGUCCUUUGAGCACUUCCUCCAGUCACAGUGACCUAAGCAGUCCUAGUUUCAACAGGGACUCUGAGUUCGAGUUAAACCCCAAAGUUCAAGAAGGUUCACAGUCAACCAAUGAUAAAGAGGAGGGUGGUAGCUUUGAGUCAGACUCAGCGUCCACGAUAACACCACGCACAAUCCUGAGCGCACAAAGUUCAGUAGGACAGUUUGGAGUAGGGAAGGGGCGUUCUUUAGCGACUCCGAGCAUCGGCGACACCGAACGUCCUGCCACAUCCCACAGGACUUCUCGCGUCAGUAGAUAUGUCGUUCCUAUUCAACCAAGUGCGGCAAGUCUGCAGCGUCACCCAAGUGUGGGUAACGUUUUAGCAAGGACGUCGAGCUUUGGAGCAGGACCAUUUUCCCGACAGACGAGUAGUAACAGUAGCAACGAAAGUGAAUCGUCGAUGGUUUCUCGACAAUUAUCUGUGAGUACUAGUGGACAGAAGCAGGCCGAAGGUUUACCAAGACAAGCUUCCAGUGUGACUGGAAAUGGUGUGUUAAGACAAGGUUCUCAAGGAUCGUUGUUAGAACAAAUAGCGAGCCAGGCGAAGGAUUUGGUCCGUGAAACUAAGAGACAGAGCAGCCAGGAUGGAAUUCUUGCUCAGAUGGAUAAGUUGAAACAUCAGGCGAAGGAGAAGAUUACAGAGGCCGGUGAAGACAGUCUUUUCGCGCCAUUGGAACAAUUGACGCAACAGACGAAGAAAGCCAUGGGGGAGGCAACAAAAUCUGUUCAAGAAGCUUCGAAGAGCGCUUUGGAAGCUAGUAAAACCGCGGCUGGAGUCAGCAAAAAUACAUUCGAUGAUUUAACGUACGUAAGCAAGAGCACUUUUGGAGACUUGACGAAAAGUGCCAAAGAGGUUGCUGCGAAGAAAGGUUUACUCAAGGGCCUUGGCGAUACGCAGCAUUCACCCCCAUCGCCUCCGGGAAUGUUGCAACGAAGAGAUUCGAGUAGCACGCAACUGGUCGCUUCGGAUAACCGCGGAGGGCGCCGGGAAAUCGGACGUGAUUUUUUCAGCAAUAUUAGUAGUGAUUUAAAUGGCAUCGCUACGCAAACGAGCAACAUGUUUAGCGAUCUGUUUGGUAGUAAAAGUAGUUCUAGUCGAAAUACCGGCUUCCCUCAGUCCCAAAAGGCGGAUAAGAAGACACCAUUACUCGGACCUUUCCCUAAAAGUAAGACAGGAUUGGUCGAACGCUCGUCAUUGAUAAAACACUCGACGAAUAAAGCCAAUCAGGAAGAUAUUCAGAGGAUGCAGAAUGCAGAGAGAUCUAGUACAAAUAGUGACAAUCAAGCUUUCCUGACGGAUGUGGUGAAUCAGGUGAUAGCCGGCGAAGGCGUUGGUUGGCUAAAACUGAAUAGGCUGAAGAAACUAAUGGAGGAUGAGAGCUAUCGAGAUCUGGUGGUGACGAAACUGAAUAAGGGUCUUCAUAAGAAGAUUAGUCCUGACGAUCAUAUCGACGAUGUGUGUAUCUCGAAACCAGUUUACAAGGGAAUGCUAAAGUGCCUUCAAGCAGUGGCUCACGGUCUUGGACACACUUACAAUAACUUCGGUUUAGGUGGAAUGGCGUCAGUCUUCCAGCUGUUGGAGAUUGCACACACUCAUUAUUGGAGUAAGGAUCUUUCAGAGGGUGGUUUCGAUAGUUCACUAAUGUCUCAAGCAUCUAGCCCAUUUGGCAGCAGGGAAAAUUUGAAGUCUCCACAGUCUCCUGUACAGCCCGAAUUUUCGAAGUCAGAUACGUCUCAACUUCAUUUGGAUAUGUCACACGGCCACGCACCACCGGCCAACGAAGGGAGCCAAUCGACGACGGACACGUUCUUCGAUGUGUUCACGAAAAAGGGAAAGUUCCUCAGCAGGCUAACGUCCUUCGACUCUGAGAGUGGGCGGGGAGGUGGAACAGGAAGCAGCGAAGCUUUAUCCACAGACGGAGGUAGCAUAAUCACUAAUCCUGCUUUUCGGCAAGCGCACCAGGCGUCUUUCCGAAGCACUGUCUCUGAUAGCGAGGUCGAACAAGGCAAUUUUUCAAGACAACCGAAGCAACGAACGGGAAGUGUUUGGUCGAGCAAGUCUUCCUUGAGCACCGGUUUCCGGUACCAUGGAGGAAGCUUGGUACCAACCAUGGCUGCUCCUAGUCCAGAAGCUGCAAGAACUUAUUUGUUCGAAGGUUUACUGGGUAAAGAAAGAUCGUCGCUUUGGGACCAGAUGCAAUUUUGGGAGGAUGCCUUUUUGGACGCAGUGUCUCAAGAAAGAGACAUGAUCGGCAUGGAUCAAGGUCCUAGAGAAAUGAUGGAAAGGUAUAAGAAUUUGAGCGAGAGCGAAAAGAAACGACUGGAGCAUGACGAGGAUAGACUACUGUGCACCCUAUUGCACAAUUUGACGGCGAUUUUAGUGAUGCUGAACGUGAAUAAGGACGAAGUGAAACGGAAAGUAAGGAGGCUAUUGGGAAAGAGUCAUAUUGGUCUGAUCUACAGUCAGGAGCUCAAUCAACUUCUCGACCAAAUACACAAUCUCUAUGGGAACGAUAUAGAUUUGAAGCCUCUGACAUCCAGACAAAUGCAUCGUCAAUCUUUCACCGUGCACGCUGGAAUCGAUGCAGAAGGUGAUCUACGAUUUCUCGAGGUACGCCACGAUGGACUUGUCCUGAGAUCUGUGAACGGCGUGAUCGUGGAGCGAUGGUGGUAUGAGCGUUUGGUGAAUAUGACUUACAGUCCGAAGAACAAAGUAUUGUGCCUUUGGCAGCGAAAUGGCGGGCAAACUCAGCUGCAUAAGUAUUAUACUAAAAAGUGCAAGGACCUAUACUACUGCAUAAAGGAUGCAAUGGAAAAGGCAGCAGCCCGCGGCCGUGGAAUGAACUUGGAUAUCGAACUCGGCGGCGAGUUUCCAGUUCAGGACAUGCGCACCGGCGAGGGUGGGCUUCUUCAGGUUUGCAUGGAGGGCGUGGGUCUCCUCUUCGCGAAUAGCAAGGAUUUCGAGUUUUUUGUAAGACUCGAUCAUAUCCGCAAGUGCUUUACUCAGAAGGAUGGGAUCUUUGUAUUGGAAGAAUUCAAUCCUAAAACUAGACAAGUAAUUCAACGUAAAUAUAAGUCUCAAAUGGCAGAUCAAAUCUGUUACUCGGUCCUCUGUGUGUUCUCUUACUUGGCCGUUGGGUUGGGGCAAAGAAAGCAACAACAGAACCAACAGCAGCAGCUCCCGCGUCAAUCCCAGCCCCAGCCCCAGCAACAGCAACAGCAACCACAACAGCACCAACAACAACCACAACGUCAACAACCUCAGUCACAGCAACGUCAGCAACCACAGCAGAAGCAACAAUAUCAACAACACCAACAAACACAACAACGUGCACAGUAUCAGCAGCAACGUCAACAACAACAGCAACAGCCUCAAACUCAACAACAUUCAGGUAGCAAUGUCGGCCAACCUAAUCAAGGCCAUAGAAACGCGCACCUCGAUUCUUUUCCUAAGCAUCACUGACACAGAGGCAGACACUCGCUCCCAUUUGUGCAUAAUUACAAUAAAUGUGCCCCCUACGCUUGCCUACCUUGGGUGUAAACCUUAAUCGUUUCAACCUUAAUCCAUUUGCAUCGUUAAGGAAUGUAAAAGAAUAGACCUUCCAAAUGUUGGAUGUGGAUGAUAAUGAGUAAAUUAUACGGAUUCUUAGGUAUGAUAAAAUUUAUUGAAGUAAUAAAAAAUUAAUAGCACCUAGGAAAAUUUUUUCGAACGGCACUAAUGGCUGAUCGUAAUGAAAUUUGACGAGUUUUAUGGGGAAGAACAACGAAUAGAAAAUGUGAAAUCUGAACUGUGGCAAUUUGAAAGAAAAUCUAGGAUUUCAUAUACAGAAUUAGUCAUUAGAUUAUUUACUUGAAUAAUUCGAGAACGAAAAAAGAAAUGUAAUCUAUUUCAGAUGUUUGCAAAAGUUCACAAAUGUUUGCGAACGUUUGUAUUGGAAUAUUCACCGAGUAUUUGUGAUUCUCUAUCCGAUGACAAAUGAUUCGCAAGCAUUUCGAUAAAAAUGGACCAAUUAUUUGUUCUUGAAAUAUAUAAAUUCCUGCGUCAUCCUAAUCUCAAUUCCAAAGGGAACGCUAUACACGCUAUUAGAUACGCCUCCGAUGCAAAUGGAUCGAAACGAGCAGAAAAAUCUAAUCUAAAAAGUCUAAUCUAAAGAAUCUUUAAUUUUCAAAUUCUCAAAAAUCGUUUCAUUUCAACUUUGAUCU